AUGGAUGAUAAGAAACUCUCUGAAAUGAACGCCGAAGGCCGUUCCAAGCUGGAUGACGCUCGCAAACGCCUCAGAAGACUUGACGACCCCGAGUGGCACAACUUGCUUCUUCCGGCCCGACUUCCCCCGGUCCCUAUCUGCGACACAUUCGCUCCCUACCGCCCGUUUCCCUCCAAGCUCAAGUUUUACCCUGGCAUGGACUUCAAUCUUCUGACGCAAGUCGGUGUUGCUCACCUUGGUGACAAAACAAACCACAAGAUGUUUGCAGUCUCAGGUUACAAGCUUGAAUCAGGCAGCAAGUAUGACGGUCGCCCCAGAUGGAUUCUUCACAAUGGUCCCAACAGCAGCGACCCUGCCCUGGCUAUGAUAUCCGAGAUACCUGAAUGGGGAAAGGAUGAUGGGGAGGGCGUCCUCACACUCCCGUCGACGGAGCCUUUGGGUGGAAGUAGCGUUCCGAGCGACACGAGCUAUGCGCCUGGAGACACAGAACCUAUGUGGGCGUCGCGGAAACGCGCUAUCCCCAAAACCCAAAGUUAUACUUUGAUGAUUCCGCUUCUGGAAAAUGGCGAAAUGAGAAGCAGCUGCUGUGUUUGGACGCGGUUGCCGGAAGAAGAAUGGGGCGAGAUCAACAAGGGCUUUUCUCUUCGAGUCAUGCAAGGGAAGUAUAUCGAAGAUCCCCUGUGUACGAUGCGAAUGACGAUCCCUCUCAAGCCUUGGAAGUCUCCUUUCAAACUUGAGCUGACCGACAACAAUGAUCAUGGAGACAAGUGGCCUGUAAUGGCAAUUAUCUCAGCAAUCAGAGCGUGGGAACUUCGAAUCACUCUUUGGGGCCGUGCUGUUGGUUUUGGCCGUGAGAUCGGUCGUGACACCGAACGAGCAUUUUUCAACAUGAUAUUGUAG